ACAGCGGCGUCCGUACGCAGCCGUACUGCGCGCUGCUGCUGUGGAGGCUGCAUAAUUAAGUUUACAACAGGAGACAGCGCGGAUCUCUCUCGCUUAUUCUGGGCCACAAUGGGUGAAUGUUUUUCGGUCUCACAGCACGGCAGGCAUUUUCCCCCGAUCUGCCGAACUAACCGGAGUCGUCCGUGGUAAAGUCAGUGGCACAAGGACUCGAACAAGUGACCCGCCUAACAUAGUUCUAAGUGCGGCUGUUUUGGAGAGGCGCAACACUGGAACCGGGAGGAACCGCCUGGAGGUGGAGGGGGUGGCUGCACUGAUCCUAUACCAGUCCUGCACGCGAUGUUAAAGAGCAACUACCGUUGCGGUUUCACCUCGGGGUGGCUACGAGAAGUGGACUGUCCGGUUUGUUUCCCCCAUCUGCUCCCAGCUUGCGUGGAACAAAGUGUGCUGUCUGUCACAUAAGCCGCGCAGUGAGGUAGAUCCAGGAGGACUGGCAGCGUCGGUUUCCAUUUGUCUCUCUCUCUCUUAAAAAAAGAGUUCAGCUUCUCCAGAAAUCAUGAGGACCACCGAAGAGACGGAGGGCUUUGACGGCGAGGCCUCCAACACUUCCAUGAUCUCCGGGGCCAGCAGUCCCUACCAGCCCACCACCGAGCCCGUCCAUUCGCGGAACGUUUUUGGGGGGAUAGUGUGCGACAUGGAGUACCUGAAGUCAUACUUGGGGAUUUUAAAGGUGGUUGAAGUGGUCCUUUCACUCAUCGGCUUCAUCUGCAUAGAAACUAUCAUGAUGUGUUCCCCCUGUGGAGGGGUCUACUUCUUUGAGUUUGUCAGCUGCAGUGCUCUUGUGGUGACAGGAGUCCUCCUCCUGAUCUUCUGUCUCAACAUCCACACCAAGGUGCCCCACGUAAACUGGAACCUCACGGACCUUGUUAACACAGGUGCCAGCACCCUGUUUUUCUUCUUGUCAUCUCUCGUGCUUGCUUGCAUCAAUCACAACACUGGAGCUGAAAUAGCAGCAGUGAUUUUUGGCUUCCUGGUGACUGUCGUGUACGGAAUAAACACCUUCUUGGCAGUGCGGAAGUGGCGCCGUGGCGCUGGGUGUCAGGGGGUGGCUCAGGCCAGCGAUUACAUUCGGGCACGCACGGCAUCGCGUGGCGAGGUGGAGCCACGACCUGAGCUUGCAUGAGUGCUGGCAGACAAUCAGGAAGACUAAGAGAAAGCCACUCUACCAGCAGCUGACUCUAAUGGAAACAGCUCUGCCUUCAGAACAGUAUUUCCACUCCAGUGAGACAGCCACCUUCAGCUCACCGCACGCUUUUGGCUUCUCAUCACAACACUUCAGCUGUGAAUGAGGCUCCGUGGCUUUGUUCAGCAGCCGUCCUGGCAACUCCUGCUGACACAUAAACACUUAAGUUGAAAACCCGGGUCACAUUUGACGGUGUGCUUUGUAAAACCCUUCAUCUACAUGUUUUUCUAAAGCACUUUGAAGGACAACUUCCCCUGAAAGGCUACAAAGAGAAAGCCUGACUUCUACCCAGCUGUGCACCUACUCUGGCUCCGGUAUAUGUGUUGACUUUUGAGCACGCUUUGUCUUUCACUGUGAAUGAAGUCCAGUAAAACAAGGUCAGCUUUUGUACAGUCUGCUUAUGUCAUGCCGCUGAAGUUUGUGGUAAUAAAUGUGAUCAUGAAAUGAGGAAACCAGUGGACCAGCAACAAACCCUAACCUGCAGUCCAACCAUGACUUCAUUGUUCUUUCUCACAGCUUUUACCUUCUACCUUUGAGCAUUUUUUUAAUUAUACAUGCUCUCAUGAAAGUCUCCUUGCCCUUGUCUUGGCUAAUCUUACAAAUCUUACUUUUACACAUGACUUUUAGCCACUAUUGCCAUACUGCAUUUGCUGUCAGCAUUUAUGGAGUAAGUGCAGAUUACAUGCACUACAUUAGUCCACAACACUUAAAAUGGGGAAAAAAUAACUUCUUUGUAACACAAAUGCAUCCAGUUGGUUUGACACAAUAACAGGGACAUAAUUUUUAGCAGAGCUUAAAAAGUUUUACUUAUAGAUGUGUGUUAGGCCUACACUGUGAGCCUGGAGGAGGUUAUAUCAAGCAAUGAUAAGGUAAUCCGUAUCUUAAUUUUGCACACGUCCAACACUUCAGGUAACACAAAUCUUAAAAGUACAUCAGUGAGAUUAAUUUAAAGCAAACAUCAGUAGAUGGCGUGGUUGAGACCAAUGUCAUUAGCCUAUACACUGCUUCUCAGGUACUGAACCUCCUAUAUUACAAAAAAAAAUCACAGGGUGCCUCGACCUAAACACUGUGUUUCCUAAUGCCUUUCUAAAUAUUAGACUUGAUGAGUCUGUGGGGUGGAAACAUGGUACAUUUAGCAAAUCUGUGGUUGAUUGAAAUGUUUGUAUAUGUAUCUACAAUGAUAUUAUCCCACAUUUCAUGUAUUAUGAUAUCCCCAUCCUUCAUUAACCUUAUAGCAGCCUCUGCAAAGCCCAUCCAUCCAAUACUGAUUUCACUUUAAUAUUUUUCAGUUGGUCAGUGCACCUGAAGUACACAGGAAGUUAAACCUUUGUCUACUUAUUUAGCAUCUGAUCUUCUUUUAAUGUACACUACAGUUAAGACCUGAACCUUCUUCGGGCAAGUUGACAAUGGCCCCCUCUUCUGGUCUUUAUAUGAAAUGUAUCUUUUUGUUGCGUCAGUGGAUCGGGUGUAUAGUCAGAUGAUUUUACAUUAGUGUGCUUAUAAGUGAAGGACCAGAAAUGUAUUUGACUGUGGAUUUCUUUUUUUUAAAUUAAGACUAAUAAAUGCCCUGAAGAUGCUUGAUUAACCAGGCAUUUCUUAGAUUUUAAAUAACUUAUGUUUUAAUGCUGUUUCUCUUGGUUUGGUGAUUGACAUAGACGUAUGAGAAGACAAUCUUGUUUGUAUUUAUGUGUGUGUAACUUACUUUGAUGGAUUUGUUUUUGAGUAAUACUAUUACCAUGUUCACUUAAGAAUUUGUACAGCAACAAAAUCACGCUAUUGCAUUACGCUAUUUGGUCAUAUAAACCGACCAUAUUUGUCAAACGCUUAUCAAGCUGCAGCUCUCUCUGUGUACGACUGUGCUGCAAUAUGUUACGAAAUUUGUAUUUAUGAGAAAGAAAAGGCUUUCUGCUGGUUUGCAGGUCGUGACAUAAACGGCAAACAAUGAUCCGAUCACGAAGAAGUGUGGAGACUUCACACUGGUUUAUAUUGACAUUAUUGAAAUGAAGACAGGUUUUUAUUCAAACUUUUUUUUGCAAAAAAAAAAAUCCAAAACCAAACAAAAAAUAAACAAGCAGGCAACAUACAUCUACACUGGUUUUACAAAGGUACCCGUUUAUGAAAUGGUACUGUGUGGGGAUGUUGUUUGAAUGUUUCAAAUAAACUGAAGGUUCUCCUACUUAUUGGAAAGAAUAAAUCAUUUAAAA